AUGGCGGCUGCGUCGGGCAAUGCUAAACAGUCGGUGGCUGUCCUGGUGGCAGCAUCAGGACUACUUCCCCACGGUCCAGCGCCACUGCCGGCUUCCCCUGCAUGCAGCGUCGGCGUCGCCCCGCUCUCCAUUGCAUCCCACGGAUCCGGCGGUAAGCUGCAGUUCACCUAUCGACGAGCAUCUCGAGCUCGACGUGGCCCGCCUUGCCACCUCCCCACCUCUGCCGGUCUGCCCAGAUGUGACUUCCGAGUCCCGACCAAGCCACUGCGAAUCUUGACGAACAGGCACCCACAUCUGGUCCAGUCCGUUGAUCUCCGGCCGCCGGCAACAUCCACCUCCUACGGCUGGCGGAACGGGACAGGGAGGUCCCAAACCCCGCCCCCCAGCUCUAGGCCCUCCCACGGCCGAGUUCCCAUCUGUGCCACAUGUAGCAGCGACUGCAACCGACGCUCACGGAGGGAUACCUCGGCAAUCAUCUUCAUGCCCAAGUUUGACGACGAGUACUACCAUCCGGUCUUGGACUACCUAAUUUCAGCUUCACGGUGUCUAGGUGCUCCACUAUGCUCAGCACUACAACCUAGAGAGUUCCAAACACGAUUGACUUUUCCUGCAGUUAAGGAGAUAUUUCUCCAAGUAGUACGAUAUGCAUGCCAAUAUCUAUCUCUGCAUAUACGAAUGGUUGCACAACUCAAUGGUGGAUGCAUUGACGGAGGAAGCUCUUGCUUGGGGAGAAAUUAUGUUUUUUUACUGACAUUUAAAUGCAGCAACUAACGAGUUAGAAACUGAUUGUGAUGGAGUGAUUGAACUCUGGAAGCCAUGGAAGAAGUGGACAGCAGUUGUGCCAAUGCUCAAUGAAAUACAAGAGCAAAACGGAACCUCGCGAUGGAACAGAUCUCCCCUUAGGCUUUGGCUCUUCAGCACUGCAGAGUCGCCAAGGAGGAAGCCACACAAGGUGUGGAUGGACCUCAACCUAUCACCCAGCACAUCUCGCACCUAGAAGGCCUGCUUGGAGUGAUGGGGUCGCUUUGUGUCCAGAUUUCCAGCGGAGGGACAAAGUGAAGCUCCAGUGGCAUCGAAGCGCGGAAGGAUGCAUGUAAGGUGGUGGAGAAGGAUGGCGAUGAUUCCGUGGUUAUUGCUCUUGCGGCUCCGGAAGGAGAUGUGCCUGGGUGACUAAAGAUGCAAGAGAGAUCUAAUUAUCACAUUGAAUUAUUGACAUUUUAACUAUCAUUUUUCCAAUUGAAAGUACUAAAAAGAGUUGUACAACAUGCACAUCACAUAUUCUCCAGUUGACAAGUUCGCUGCGUGACCCAAGUUCACUCAACUUUUCUUGGGGUCGGGCCUUUAUUCUUUUUUCGUCACACUACAAUUGUCAUUGUGCGGACGUGAACUACACUUACAGUGAGAUGGUAAAUCAUGUACUAUAUGCCUUCCUUGCAUGGCUUCACUAGACACUUGGGAAAUGUAU